UGGUGGGUUGCCAGGUGCCCAACGGCGACGUGGGCGCGGCGACGCAGCUCCUGCUGAACGACAGAGGCCUCACGUCGGUCGACUCCUUGGAGGCGCUGCGCAGCCUGAGGAAGCUUGAGGUUCGCAGCAACCACCUCAGGGACGUCAGCUUCUUGGAGAUGAACCACGCGCUGUGCUGGCUGGCUCUCUCGAAGAACCGGCUCGGCAGGAUUGCAGGCCUCCAGAACCUCUCCGCGCUCGCCGUGCUCGACCUCAGCGACAACCGCAUCGCCCGCAUCGAGGGCCUCGAGCAGCUCGCUGGCCUCAAGGCCUUCAUCGCCGCGCGUAACCGAAUCAAGAGGGUCGAGGGGAUCUCUCCCAAGAAGAACAGCUUGCUAGAGACGCUGAUUCUGUCCAACAACCAGAUCGCGGAAUGCAGAUUGGGUGGUUUCUCGUCCCUGAAGAAGCUGUCGCUGUCCCACAAUCGGCUACACGCUUUCCCACAUCUCACUGGGCUCCCGGCCUUGACAGAGCUCCGGCUGAACCACAACCGGCUGUGCUCCGUGGCGCCCGUGGUCCAGCAGCUGCCGAGGCUGACCAUUCUCGACGUGGGCGGCAACCUGGUGACGGAGGCCAAGGGUCUCGAGGCCUUGAGGGGCCUCCUGUGGCUGAAGAGCCUCACUGUUAAGGGCAAUGCCGCUGCGGGGGACGAGGCGCUGAAGGACCUCUUGGCCUCCCUGAAGAGGCUGGAGAUCCUGGACAACGCGCGGCUCACCGGCGAGGGCAAGCGGCGGAUGCCCCUCAAGAAUCGCGAGGUGCCGGGCGGAGAGGCCGGCGCCGCCGCGCCGGGGCAGCAGGGCUCGGCGGGCUCGGGCUCCCAGAGGAGGCAGCUGAGUGGCGGCGCCCGCGACGACCCGAGGACGACAGAGAAGGCCGCGCCCGCUGCCCCGCUGGCCGUCAACGGCCUCCAGUUCCGGGGCAAGAAGACCGCCUUCGCGUCCGACUCGGAGGAGGGCGAGGGCGCCGGACGGCCCCCUGGCGCAGCGCCACUGGCCCGCGAGGUGGCGCCUGCCGCCGAGGCCCGCAGGAAGCCCAGGAGGAAGGUCAGGGCCACCGGGGCGGCGGCCAAGGAGACGGCGGCCAAGGAGGCGGGCACCGAGGAGACGGUGAGCAAACAGGUGCCUGCCGAGGCCCGGGAGGCGGCGCCUGCCGCCGAGGCCCGUAGGAAGCCCAAGAGGAAGGCCAGGGCCACCGGGGCGGACGCCAGGAAGACGGCGGCCAAGGAGGUGGUGACCGAGGAGACGGUGACCAAGAGGACGGCGGUCAAGAAGAAGGUGAAGCGCUGUCCCGCGGCUGAGCCUGACGCUCGAUUGGACGACACUCCAGGCGCCGCGGUGGCCCGGGCCCCGAGGAAGAAGAAGAGGGCGGCGAGCUCCGCGCUGGAGAGGAGGCGGGGCGAGCCGGCGGCAGCCGCCGACGGGACGGGCAAGCGCCGCCCGCGCUCGCCCGAAGGGGUAAGCAGCGCCGGCGGCCCAGCCCGGCCAGCCCGCAAGAAGCGCCGGGCCCGCGCGCCGUAGCCGGACCAUGGCCGGCGGAGGCGCCUCGCGAGGAGCGGCGGAAAUCAGGAGCGAUCCACACGUGCAUGAAUCCAGGCGAUCGCAAACAUGGAUCAAGGGGG